CGCGACGUGUCGAGCCAUAUACAAAUGACCAACCAAUUACCCAUGUCGUAAUGGCAUUUUUUCGGGAAUGUGUUUACUGGAUAUAAUUUCGGUGUAAUUACACGUUGCGUGGUUAAUUUUUUUUUCUUUUAGAAGCGAUUAGGACGAGGAAAUUGUACUUUGUCAUUAACAGAUAACCCUGAAACUCCCUUCCAAUUUCGCAUGUUAAAGAUAAGAAGCGGGCGUCUGUAGCGUCACUGUGUGUUGUGCACUGCGGCAAACAAUGUCCAAUAGCUUCGAAUUGACACCAGUCGAAAAAGACGUUACCCAGUUGGCCGUGUGCGUGAGAGGUGGGUGUAAGGUGUACGGGCGGGGGGUUAACGCCGCCACUGUUUUGAAAAGUAUCGACCUGAACGUCCCAACAGGAGCGAUAUAUGGCUUGCUGGGGGCGAGCGGUUGCGGGAAAACGACCCUACUCAGUUGCAUCAUGGGCCUUAAAAACCUCAGCUCGGGCGACAUUUGGGUUCUGGGAGGCCCCCCGAGUCUGAAGAACGGCAACAAGAUCGGCUACAUGCCGCAGCAAAUCUCUCUGUGUGAGGGAUUUACAAUUAGAGAGUCCAUGACGUAUUUCGGAUGGCUUGCCGGUCUCUCCUCCGAAAAGAUCGAGGAGCGCGCCCACUUCUUGAUGCGACUCCUCGACAUGCCGCCCAUCGACAGCACAAUCGGCAAUUUGAGCGGGGGACAGCAGAGACGCGUCUCGUUCGCGACGGCCCUCCUGCACGAACCCGAGCUGCUGAUACUCGACGAGCCCACGGUCGGACUGGAUCCUAUUUUGAGGGAGUCGAUCUGGACCUACCUCCUCGAGUUGACAACGAACAAAUCCGUUACGAUCAUUCUAACGACGCACUACAUCGACGAGGCACAUCGAGCCGAUGUGAUCGGCUUGAUGCGCAACGGAGUGAUAAUCAGCGAAGAGGCGCCCCAACAGCUCCUGACGAAAUUCAGGGUGAACACCUUAGAGGAGGUCUUCUAUCGAAUAAUCAUCACCAAGACCGAACCGUCGGUAACCAAACGCUUGAGAUUCCCACAAACCGCCCGCGAAACUACGACGAGCAACGGUCCCGCGCUUAACAAGCACGUCCUGAAGGCGCUCGUGUGGAAGAAUUUCCUGUGGAUGUGGAAGAAUAUCAUUACCAUCGUCAGCAUUUUCGUACUGCCCAUCGCGAGCGUGUUCGUUUUCGGUUCGUGCAUCGGGAGAAGUCCGACAGGACUGACGGUCGCGAUUGUCAAUCGCGAAACCGAGGUGAGAACCUGUGACUUACUGGCGUGCCACGAUAAGUCGUUGAGCUGCCACUUUCUGCGGUACCUGGACCGAAAGGCGUUGAACUUGGUCUAUUACGACAGCGAGGACGAAGCGAUUUGGGCCGUGCGAAACGGAACACUCUACGCUUCCAUCGUGAUUAAGGAGAACUACACCGAGAGCAUAGAAUAUCGGCUCAGAAAUCGAGACGUCGCCGACUUUCUGAUCGAUCAGUCGACGAUCGACGUAUUUUGCGAUUACACCGUCAAGGAUAUAGUGAUGUAUCUAAAGAAGUACAUCUACACGAGCUUCGCUGACUUCAUCGGCGACUACUUGGAAGCCUGCGAGAUCAGCAGAGAGACCGUCGCGGUCCCGUUGAGAUUCAACGGACCGAUCUACGGACAGAGCGAUCCCAAUAUGACCGACUUCGCAAACCCGGGUGUUAUACUGACACUGGCCUUCUUCAUGGCGGCCGCGCUCACAGCCGGAAUAACGUUAAUAGAACGUAAAGAAGGCGUCCUAGAGCGAACGAUGGUAAUGGGCGUCACAAACUUGGAGAUUGCGAUGGGACACUUCGUGUGCCAGUUCGGUUUAAUGCUGCUCCAGAGCAUGACUCCGUUACUGGUGCUCUUUUACUUUUUCGAACUCACUUUAAACGGAUCCGUGGCGAACGUGAUAACGCUCACCGUUUUUAGCGGAUUCUGCGGAAUGUGUGCGGGCUUGUCGAUCUCUUCGAACUUCGAGGAAGAAAGGACGGCGGCUUACGUUCUACUUGGCAUGUUCCUCCCGUUCGUUCUUCUUACCGGAAUGUUAUGGCCGAUCGAGGGAAUGCAUCCCUUUUUGAGGUUCUUUACGUCAUUUUUACCGCUGACAAUUCCGGCAGAAAGUAUGAGGAGCGUGUUGCAGCGAGGAUGGGGGUUGAGUAGGCCUACGGUUUAUAACGGUCUUAUUGUCAUUAACGUAUGGGCCCUUAUAUUUUUAGGAAUCAGUUAUUUAGGUUUGAAAUUUAGGCGAUAGUCAGUGUUUGUACAAUUAUUUAUUUACAAUUAACUAACAAUAUAUGUAUUUAUCACUUACAAUUUAUAACAUAACACAAGCGCAUCAAAGUUGGAUCUGAACUGAAAUACGCUACAAAGUUUGCGGGAUACUCGUUACACUGUCCCCCUCUUAAAACUGUACGGACGACGGUUGUAGCGGUGCUUCAGCCCUAGGCGACUCUCGCUCUCUAAUGCGAAACUGGACUGCAGUCGUUUGGCUUUAGCUUCGAUGGUUUGUUGCUCAAUUUUCAUUUCUUGAAUUAAUC